UCCAAACAGAGCGAAGACAGCACUUGCUCUCUGCCUCUUGACAGCAGUUUAAUUUCACCCUGCAGACUGCACCUCACAAAUCUGUAGCUAGAACUUCGCUGUCAUUAAAAAUGUCGCUAUUCGAGACUUUUGGGGGAUUUAAAUGACUUGCGGGAAACAGAAAAGGCAACUGAUCACUGAUUCUCUGCUCUUUUUACCGCUUUAUCAGGUUCAAGAAGGUGAGAGCGAGUCUUUUCUACUGAUGCAGUAAAACACGAGUUUUCUUCUUUAUGCAGAUCGUUUAAGGCGACAUUAGACUUUGGAAACAGAAGAGGGUGGAGAAGAAUUGCUUUCAUACACGACGAUAAAGGUGGAGGUUGUCAGCUGAUAGGAACUGAUCUCCCUCCUCACAUGAAGGGCAUGGAGAUGUUGCGCCGCUCCUCAGUGUUUGCGGCUGAAGUCAUGGAGGUGUUUGAUCGCUCUCCCACGGACAAGGAGCUCGUGUCUCAGUCUAAAGUUUUGUGUAGGGAUUACAUUCACUCCAGACUUCAUUGGCUGGGAUCGGAUGGUCGAAACCGGAGCACGGAUCUGGAGGAACACUGGCUGAGGUGUCUUCAUUCUUCUGUGGUUGGUACCUGCGACCCCCCCCCCAAUGUGUACCGCAACGUAGCAAGACAGCUCAACAUCACAUGCGCCUCUGAGACUAUAGUCUCUGAUGCCUUUAUAUCUGUGUCACAUCUUUGUCUCUCUACAGGUGUAACGUGGGGGAAGAUUGUGUCUCUGUAUGCUGUGGCCGGAGCUCUAGCUGUGGACUGUGUUUCGGCAACUGCCACAUCCAGCAAUGUGCACACCAUUGUGGACUGCAUGGGCGAGUUUGUUCGUAAGAGCCUGGUGUCGUGGUUUAUAAAGAGGAGAGGAGGCUGGGUAAGCAAUAAAUCCAUUAGGGCGGACAUUUACAAAGUGUGUAGUCUAAAUACAGAUCCCAGUUUUCGUUCUCAUUGGCUGGUGGCAGCUGCCUGUGCCUGUGGUCACAACCUCAAGGCUGUGGUCUUCUACCUGCUGAGAGAAAAAAUAAAGAGCAGCACAAACAAGUGA